AUGAAAACAAAUAUACUAUUACUUAUAAUAUUUCUUAUUUUAUUAAAUUAUAUUGGCCAAUCGUACAAACUCGAGAGAUUAAAUGAAAAUGAAGAAUGGGAAUUAAUUGAAGAAGAUAUAUUCAGAGAAGAAGAUGAAGAUAAUAGUGAUGAUAAUAUACUAUAUUACAAACCAAUUAAAGUGGAAAGAAGAGAGAACCUAUAUAUGAGGGUUAAUAGAGACUAUUUGGGUAACACCACAACAAACCUAGAGCCAAUUUCUGUAAAGAUAGAAAUUCGUUCCAAAGAUAUACAAGAGACCUUCAUGUUGUAUGGAUUAAAUAACGAUACUGCUAUAAAAAAAAUGGAACCCAAGGACAAUAAAUCUCUAACAACACCAAUCAGGGUAGAGUCUUGUUUUAAUGAAGAAAAACCAAUUUACCUUUCAUUAUCCAUGUUCAAUUACUUGUGGGGUGGGGAUUUAAUCUUCAAUAUUGAAGAAAAUGAAAUUGACAAGUGUGAAUCUAAAAAUAUCUAA